GCAGUGAAGCCCAGUCUACAUGAAAGAUGAGAACAUCCAAUCAAACACACUGCCCUAAAAUAAGCUUUCUUCUUCCUUAAACCUCAGCCUUUCGUAGCAUUUAACUUCUGCCACUUUAACCUUAUUAAACCCUCUGGUUCAAUCUCCGUAUACCCAUUAAGGCGAAGUUAUUGUGAUUGAAGAAAAAUGGUAAGGCCAUAUGGGAUAAAAGGACCCAAGAGAAAGAAGAGAGAGGAGAAAUAUGAUAAAGUGGGAGAUGAAGUAGAUGAACAAACAGAAGAAAAUGCAAAAAGAGCUAUGCUUUCUAAAACAGAAAUGCCUUUGGAAAACUGUAGCAAGAAAACUGAACAAGAAGAAGAAGGAGAUGAAGGGGAAGAAUUAGAGGGGGAAGUACAAGAAAUGGAGGGGAUUCCUAUUAUGCCAAGUGAUUCUAAGACCAAAAAGCCUGGUGUCAUAUUUGUUCUUGAGAAGGCCUCUUUGGAAGUUGCAAAAGUUGGAAAGACUUACCAGAUUUUGAAUUCUGAUGAUCAUGCAAAUUUCUUGCGGAAGAAUAAUAAAAAUCCUGCUGAUUACAGGCCUGACAUUGUUUAUCAGGCUCUCCUAUCAAUUUUAGAUAGCCCGUUGAAUAAGGCUGGCAGGCUGCAAGCCGUGUAUGUGAAAACGGAAAAAGGUGUUCUUUUUGAAGUUAAACCAUAUGUACGUAUUCCAAGGACAUACAAGCGAUUUACUGGAAUUAUGUUGCAGCUGCUUCAAAAACUAAGCAUAACUGCUGCGGGUAAGCGCGAGAAACUAUUGCGCGUAAUUAAGAAUCCAGUGACCCAGUAUCUUCCUGUCAACUCUCGUAAAAUAGGCUUCUCAUACAGUUCAGACAAACUUGUUAAAAUGAGCAAUUAUGUAGCUGCAGUUGAUGAUGAUGUGGGCCUUGUCUUUGUGGUUGGUGCUAUGGCGCAUGGAAAAAUUGAUUGCGACUAUAUUGAUGAUUUCAUAGCAAUUUCUGGUUAUCCAUUGAGUGCUGCCUGGUGUAUCUCAAGGAUUUGUGAGGCUUUGGCUGACAAAUGGGGCGUGCUGUAAACAUGUUUUUAUUCGUAUUGAUGCUCAGUCGAUUUUGUAUACUAUUUAUUUAAAUUCUGGUUAUACUUUACUGUCAUACGUGUAAACACCAGUGCAGUUUUAAGCUUGUACCUUUUCUUUUAUUUUCUAUUAAUGCAUUCUUAUGCCAAGUUUUAA